UGACAUUCGAUUCAGUAUAUCCCAGUGUACUGUGGUGGAUGUCGGCGUCGGAGGUGAUGCCCCGUACGUUCUCGCCGCCACCGCCGCCGUCUCCAACGUCUUCGUAUGUUACGUGCGUUGUAUUACACUGACCCGUAUUGGCACAUAUCCCGAAUUCCCCCGUCGAACACCAGCCGCGCGAUUUUCAUUUCCCAACGUCGGAGGUGAAUUUUUCCGCGGCCGCUGUGAUCGCAACUGACUCGUCAUUUUUUGCGCUCUUAAGAAUUUUUGUGAGAACAAUUCGUGACUCGCUUCUGCGUAAGUUUGGUAAUAAAAAGCACGCAAAUCGUACCAGACGUUUAUCGAACGUACUAAAUCAUUGAAGUAAUACCGAUUCGAGAUUCAAAUACCUAUAAUUAAAUUGACGGAACGAGCAACUUGUUGAAUGCGCACUUUCAAGUGUAAUUACACGGGCUACUUAGGAGUUGUUAACUUUUCAUUGUUACUAUUAAAAAAAUCUUGAUUUAUAACAGCUAUAUUAUUGAUUUGGCGUUUGAUUUUAGAGUGCUUUAUUGAAAACGUAUCGAAAUGUUAAUUGAGUAAACAAACCGUUUUAUUAAGUACCUUUAUCCCUUUAAUAGCAGUUUUCCGAAUUGAGUUUUUUUUUUUCGAUUCAAUGUGUUGCCGAAAUUCCGCGAUAUAAUAAAAUUAGGCAAUCAAUUCGUUGAGUCGCUAACCCAAUUUUUAUCUCUAUCGAACCAGUAUCAGGAGAUAGUGAGUUUUUAAUCAACGGCUGAUGAUAAAACUAUAUUGUAUGAAAUGUCGACCGUAAAAAAAGUGUUAAAAACCGAGUGUUGUGUUAAAAAUGACAAACCUGCUUAAAAUUAAAGUUCUCAAGCCCUUUCUAAUUAACAAUCAUGCACCUCGCAAUUAGCAUAUUCGCAAUAUGAUAUUAAAGCAAUAACUCUGCCAAUUUAUUCGACCGAUGACCAUUACGCAUUUCGCACCACCUAAAGCAGAAACAAGCACGAUUUGCAACGGCAAUCAACCGUUGGUGGGAGCCCCGAGCUCCCAUCCUCUCGCGAACGUACGAAGAGGCAUCUCCGGGAACCAGGGAUGCCCUAUGCUACCGCAUCUCCAUAAUGAUUUUCUCUAUUGCCCCCCGUUAGGGAGUACCUAUUACAGGUCUCUUCCUGUUCCAAGGCGGCACACCCCUUAUUUUGGUCAACCUGACUAUCGGAUCUACGAACUUAACAAGAGGCUCCAACAGCGAACUGAGGUAGAUAGCGAUAACCUUUGGUGGGAUGCAUUUGCGACGGAGUUUUUCGAAGACGAUGCAUCUCUAACGUUAGCCUUUUGUUUAGAAGAUGGCCCCAAACGAUAUACGAUCGGAAGGACGUUAAUUCCAAGGUACUUUAGGAGCAUAUUCGAAGGUGGAGUGACUGAAUUGUAUUAUAAUAUGAAACACCCUAAGGAGUCCUUCCACAAUACUAGUAUUACUCUGGACUGUGAUCAGUGCACUAUGAUAACACACCAUGGUAAACCUUUGUUUACCAAGGUGUGUACAGAGGGCCGCUUAAUUCUAGAAUUUACUUUUGAUGAUUUAAUGAGGAUAAAAUCGUGGCAUUUCGCCGUUCGGACACAUCGAGAGCUAAUCCCGCGAACGGUGGUCGGUAUGCAUUCCCAACAAGAUCCGAGCAUGUUGGACCAAUUGUCGAAAAACAUUACAAGACAAGGCAUCACCAAUUCUACGCUUAAUUACUUGAGGUUAUGUGUGAUAUUAGAACCUAUGCAGGAACUUAUGUCGAGACAUAAGGCAUACGCUUUGAGUCCCAGGGACUGCCUGAAAACAACGUUGUUUCAGAAAUGGCAAAGGAUGGUUGCGCCGCCGGAAUCCCAGAGGCCGGCGAACAAGCGUCGAAAACGGAAAGGAUCCAACUCGGGAGGAGCAGCCAACAACGUGACGCCGGCGCCAAACAAGAAGAGAUCUCCAGGGCCUAAUUUUUCCCUAGCUUCGCAGGACGUGAUGGUCGUGGGGGAGCCGUCGCUGAUGGGCGGCGAAUUCGGCGAUGAGGACGAGCGGCUCAUCACCAGGCUGGAGAACACCCAAUACGACGCCGCCAAUUCUCUAGACCAUGACAACCAUGGCUUCCACGCUGACUCACCUAUGCCAGGAUCCAAUUCGUGGGGAGCUGGAGUGGGGGACCGGGGAGGACCGGGGGUGAACGCCUCGCAGGGGAAUACCCCGUCCAAUCAGGACUCAGAUAAAAAAUCCCCGGCAGUGAGCCAGUGAUAAUAGUUCAUAUUAUAAACUGUAGAAUCUCCGAGUCAGUAUUUUUAAUGUACUUCAAGUAUUUGGAAAAAAAUUGGUUUUUAUAUAGACAAUGUAAAUUGACUUUUUAAAAUUUUGAUUUUUUUAUCGAACUUUUUAGCCUGUUUAUUUACUAAACGUUUCUUUCGAGUAGAAAGUUUAUUUUCUACGAAUUUUUACUAUAUGGCUUCGAAAUUAUAAUUAGUAAAUAUUUCAAAUUGGGCUAUUUCUCAAGACGAACGUUUCACUCGAAAAGUUUUUAAUGAAAGUGGUGUUUCAUUUCAUUUCACGGAGCGAAGUUUGAAAUGUGUGGGGGGUAAGGCGAUUAUCGACUGAUUAUUUCAGUUUUACAUGUUAUAUCACAUAACUUUCUAGUCAUUUAAAGCAAUUGUCAGUUAUCUCAACUAUUAUUGAUUUUUUUGUCGUUACAUUUUACGAAUAUUAAGCAAAAUCUCUAUCGCGUAUUGUACUGUGUACUCUAUGUUUUUAAAAAUGUAUUUUAAACUGUUUAGAUUUUUCGCACUCGGUUAUUUUAAACACGUUCAGUGCCAUAUGCGGGUCAUCAGUGGCUAGCGCUGAAUUUGUUUGACGUGCUUCGGGAGCCACUGCUGACCUUUGCAAAGAAAUCACCAGUAGUAAAUAAUCCAAAAGUCGUAAAAUUAACAGCUCAUGUAUAAUUAGCCGGACAUUCAACGUGUUGAAAUAAAUUUAGUGUUAGCAUCACAUGAGAUUAUGUAGAUUUACAACUAACAAAUUAUUUUUUGUCUUUACGAAUUAAUCAUGCAUUAGAUAGUGUUAAUAAUUGCACCUGUUUCUUUAAUAUACUAAUUGCUAUUACAGGAGGAUUUUAUGAGAUAUCGUAAAAUACCUCUGGAUGUUAAUAUGUUUGUAACGACAACAAAUUAACUGGUUUAUUUUUUAUGUUUGUUAGAAUACUUUUAACAGCAAGUUAUCGAUAUUGAUAAUAAUUGCAGGUUUAUCGAAUUCAGGUCUGUAUAAUGGUAUUCGGUGCUUCUUUUUUAUUAUCCUACAUGUCAAUAGACGUGAAAAAAUAUUUAAAUUUUAGCUGGAUAAAAUAUGUAAUACAUUCCUAAUAAAUUAUUAUCUUUAACACAACUUUUGCUUUCUGCUCGAAAUAUACUUAGAAAUUUAAUCCCGAUUAUAUGGGGAUAUUUUUUAGAAAUGAACACCAAUUUUGUUAAAAAUUUAUUUAUAACUUCUAAGAAUGAUUUUUUUAAAGUUUAAUAAAUUUUCAAUAAAGAGGAGUUAUUAAAACGAGAAGGAGCUCAAAUAUUUUUUUGUAUUCACUUUUAACUUACCCUUGCAGUGAUGUGAAAUUCAUUAUUUUAAAUUUGAACCUUUUAUAAAAAUAUUACCCCAAAUGUUUCGUUUUUUUAUUAUGUUUUCAUUUUAUAGAUUUUUAAAUGUAAAUAGCUUUUAAAUGAAAUCGUAAAUUGAUGUAAAAAUGAUUUUACGAGAAUAUUUGUAAAUUUUAUGGACAAAAAAUACUUGAAGUAUAAAAUCGAAAAUAGCCAGUGACGUUAAUUUGUUUUAUACAUAAAUUAAUUUUUUUCUAUAAGAAAAAUUUUAAAAGUGCAAGAAGAUUUUAGGAGUGAGAUAAAAGACAGUGUGCUAAGAGUGAUAAUAUUAAUCAGAAUUGAUACUUGAUUGUGAUGGCAAUGCUAAAAUGGACUAAUAGGGACUUGUAUUUUAGUGUUGACACUACAAGCAGGGGUCGUCCUCUAUUUGCACCCAAAAUAGUGCAAUUUAAAGAAUGGUUUCUUUUGGAACCGCCACCAUAUGUACCUCUACAGAAUGAAUGUGACAGGUUUUGAAUGGCAGCUCAUUUUGUACAGUAGUUUAAAAACAUCACACUGUAUGUUGUUUGUGUUCCGAGAAAACACAUUUACACACACAGAAAUUGUCCAGGUAUAUUGUGUAAGAUUAGAACUAAUUAAAUUAAUAUGGUGAAAUUCUGUUGUCUUUUUGUUCAUCGAAUUACUUCAAGCAUUGGAACUAUUAGAUAAUUGGUAUAUAUGUAAUAUAAUAUUUUAUAUUUA